CCAAGUAAUAUGGUCAAGGCGGUCAAGGCUUGACCUGUGGAAACUACAUUGUAUAUCGACGUCGACGAAACUGCUUCGGCGUGCAUAAACCAUAAUAAAAAUAGUUAUAAUAUCUUAUGACAAUUUCUUGAGAAUUUCCGAUAAUGACGAGAAGCAGGGUAUUCCCGAACAUGCCCAGAAUGAGACCCAGGACUGAAGAAUUAGAAUGCGCGGACGAUUUGCUUUCUGGAACCUAAUAUCGCAGACUAGGCCUAGAUAUUCAAGAUCUACAUGUUUAGAAGAGCUCAAUAUAAACCUUCCCCUUCACUGCUGUGUACCGUUUAUGUUUUCAUCUAGAUCUACUCCGAAUUUUGAAGUACCAGAUUUCUCUUUUUUUAGCGUCCACCAAGUCAUCUCAACACAGUCCCCAAAAUGUUUAAGUUGGGAAAAAGACCUCAGCCUCCGCUAAUGCCAAAUGGGAACAAAAAGUUCAAG